CCCGAGCGGCGGGUCACGUGAGCGGAAGAUGGCGGCCCCGGCAGGCAGCGGGGGCUCCGCGGUGUCGGUGCUGGCCCCAAACGGGCGGCGCCACACGGUGAAGGUGACGCCGAGCACCGUGCUGCUGCAGGUCCUGGAAGAUACGUGCCGGCGACAGGACUUCAACCCCUGUGACUACGACCUGAAGUUUCAGAGGAGCGUGCUUGACCUUUCCCUCCAGUGGAGGUUCUCCAACCUGCCCAACAACGCCAAGCUCGAGAUGGUGCCUGCUUCCCGUAGCCGAGAGGGCCCUGAGAACACGGUUCGCAUUGCACUGCACCUGGACGAUGGCGCCCGGCUGCAGGACACCUUCUGUGCAGGCCGGACGCUCUGGGAGCUCCUCAGCCACUUCCCACGGACCAGGGAGUGCUUGGAGCAGCUGGGCGAGGUGACCCCUGUCUGCGUGUACAUGAGGGAUGAGGUGACUGGCCCGGCCGCCUUGCAGAGGACGACAUUGCAGUCCUUGGGCCUCACUGGAGGCAGUGCCAUCAUCAGGUUUGUUGUGAAGCCAAGUAGCUCAGCCAGCAGACCAGAGUCCGCAGGCGCCAGGAGCAAAACUCCAGGAAGCCCAGUACCGUCCACCUCCGCUGACCAGGCUGCCGGCCACCCUGUGCUUCCCCUGGACAUUGGGGGGCUCAGCGGAGGUGACCUGAGCCGCCCAGAGGAUGCAGGCCCGUCCAGGAUUGGCCACACGGAUGGCCAGGGCCCAAAGCCAGCAGACAGUCCGGCAGAGCCGGACACGAAAGUGCCCUUGCCAACCCCUUUUGUUCCCUUCUCUGGCGAGGGCCAGCGUCUGGGUGGCCCUUCUGGGUCUGCACACUCCCUGAUGUCACCAUCCACCAAAUCAGCCAAGUCCGUUUCUAGCCCCGGAGGCCCUUCUGAACCAAAGAAGUCGAAGCCUGGCCUGGAGUCCCCGCAGGAGCCCGAGCCGCCUGUGGACCGAGACCCCGUGGUGUGCCACCCCGACAUGGAAGAGCUGCUGCAGGCCUGGCCUGAGGAGCUGCCGGACGAGUUCUUUGAGGUGACCCUGGAUGACGUGCGGCGGCGCCUUGCCCACCUCAAGAGUGAGCGGAAGCGCCUGGAAGAAGCUCCGUUAGUGACCAGGUCCUACCGCGAGGCCCAGAUGAAGGAGAAGUUGGAGCGCUACCCCAAGGUGGCCCUUCGAGUCCUGUUCCCUGACCGCCACAUCCUGCAGGGCUUCUUCCGGCCCAGCGAGACAGUGGGGGACCUGCGGGACUUCGUGAGGAGCCACCUGGGGAAUCCUGAGCUGAAUUUCUACCUGUUCAUCGCCCCACCAAAGACCGUCUUGGGCGACAACACACUGACCCUCUUCCAGGCAAACCUCUUCCCCACGGCCCUCGUCCACUUUGGAGCAGAAGAGCCCAUGGACCUCUACCUGGAGCCCAGGCUGCUGGAACACACCAUCUCCCCGUCCUCAGCUGACCUGCUGGUGGCCAGGUGCAUGGCCAAGGCUGCACGCCCCCUGCCUUUGCUGCCGACCCCUGACCCUGGGGCCAUUGAGUCUGAGCAAACCGCUGAGGAGCCAGCAAGAGGUGAGAGCCAGGAGCCAGAGGAGCCCCGCCGGCCCCGGACCCCCACCCUGAGUGGGAAUAAAGCUGGCGUACUUCUUGGGGUCUUCCUGUCAUCCUUUCUGUGCUGGGUCGGGGACUGAGAGCUUGUCCCACCAUUGCUGCUGGCCAGGAUGAGAGUGUCCCAGCAGCUCCCUGAGGCCAGAGCCCCUGCAGCCUGGCUGGAGUGGGGUAAGGACCUUGCAGAUGGCUGCUCAGGUCAGGUCCAGGGACCCUCCGUGAAAUAACUGGGCAGCUGACAAUGCCCAGGCCUCCUCAUCCCUGGUCUGGGGGAACAAAAGGCCUUCCUGGCAGUUGUCAGUAGCCACGGAGUGUGCGAGAGACUCAGGCCUGGUACUUGAGUCUCCUCACCAGGAGCUGCUCCCUUGGGUCUAAUGGCUUCCACAUGCCUCCAACAACGCUUUGAAGCCCAGAAAUGGGGAGGGGGCUGGGAGGCUUCAGGGGCAGGCAGCUGGUCACAGGUCACUUCUGCCUUCCUGGCAUCCUGGUCCUUCCCCAGCAACAGAAUGGUGUGACCCCCUGCUGCCCAGCCCCCACACCCCCUGGGUUGUUAGCAACACCCAGAGGCAGCUCCCUGGUGGCUGUGUGAUAGGAGGGGGCACUUCUUGAGUUUCCAGCCACUGAGGGGCAUGCACACACGCAUGCUGGUUGCUACUCUCUUCUGAAGACAGAUGGGAGGACCUGGGGGCCUGGAGGAGGCUUUGAAGCAACUGCAUGUGUGGAAC